AACAUACGAAGAAAAGUCGCAUACGACUGCAGCGAUCGACACGCUCGGUCGUGUUCGCGGCGUGCUCACCAGAAAGUAAACUCUAAUUGAGUAUAAACCAAAAAUUAACUGGCAAUAUAGCGCUAGUUCGCUGCGCCAUUUUCCGCUGUUUGUUAGCACAAACAGCAAACAGAAGCAAGAAGAAGAAGAAGAAGAAAAGUCGGUUUUUAAAUUUUCAUUAAAAAUAAGUGCUUUAAUUUCCAUGUAAAACAACAAUUUCCGCAACAUGAAUCCACCGCGUAAUCCCUCACCAUCCACCCAACCAAGCCUGAAACCCUCGAAGGUAAAGCUACGUCUGAAAAAGACCGACAUCCGUCAGUGUCGGCUGUGCAUGCGGGUGCUUCCCAAGGCAGAAACCAUAGACAUGGCCCUCGAUUCCCGAUUGGAUCAACGCCGCAAGAUUCUGGAAGCCGUUGGAGUUCGAAUCACAGUGAACUGCAAACUCAAAUCGGUGUGCGUCAACUGCUGGGUCAUAGUGGACAUUGUCUACAACUUCCGGGCAACCUGCCAGCAGGCGGACACCCUGCAUGGAACACGUCUGCUAAUGAUGCACCCCGGCCUAUGGCUGAGCAAGGAGAACAAACAGAUGCUGAUCAACUGCCACAAGCUGGUUGAGAAGAACCGGGCCGAAAUGACCGGACUAUUCAAAUGUUCCACCUUGGACAAGGGAGACGAAGUAAAGCUGAACGUGGAGCAGGAGCCACUCCCUAUAGAGACAGUCAUUUUGGGAGAAAUAAAGAAGGAAGAGCCACCAGAGGAACAGCCUCCGCCGACAGAGCCUGCUGCUGCUGCUGCUACGGACCAAACAAGCAGUGACAGCGAUCCGGAGCAGACCGAGCCCGAGCAGUGUGCACAGAAGCUAAACGAGCCCCUUGAGUAUCAACCGUCUUCCAAAAAAUCAUACAAUGCCAAGGACCACAUGUGUGAGCUCUGCGGUAAAAUGAUGAGGAAUGUGUACGCCGAAUGGCACCACAAUAGCGUCCAUCUGCGCACCAAUCCCUACGAAUGUUCGGAGCAGGGUUGCAACCGAAAGUUCCCUUCCCUGCUUUAUGUGAAGACUCACGUUAGGAAGGAUCAUUUGAACAAAGCGGCGAAAAACGAAUAUUUUGACUGCCCAACUUGCUCGAAACAGAUCAAAGGAAAAUUCGCUUUCAGAAGCCAUCUGAAGACUCACGAGGCGCAUGAAAUGCACCCCGAGAAGCAAGCUUGCACUGUUUGUGGCAAGUAUUUCUAUAAAAGAUACAUGAAGGAUCACAUGUUCGUCCACACGGGACAGCUACCCUAUCGGUGUGAGUUUUGCGACCGGAAGUAUGCGGCGUGGACCAAUUGGUGGCAACACCGGAAGAAGCAUCACGCUGACCAACUGCAACGGGUGCAAGAUUCAGGAGGAAAGUCAUAAGGGUAAAUAAACUGUUGAAUUGAGA